AUACCGCACGGUACGGGUACAGUACUCACGCCCGGGCAUAGGUGAGUGGACAGCCCGAGGUUAGGUGUCAAAGCUUCUUGCUCGUUUGAACAAUCUUCAUGCCGAAAUUCAUUAGUCUACUUGCUCUCUUGUACCCCACCACCACCUGAGCCCCAACCUACAACGAACGGAUACGGAAUGUCCAAACUCCUGGAAGGCAAAACCAUCGCAAUCACCGGUGCCGCAACCGGCAUCGGCAGAGCCACAGCCAUCGAGAUGGCCCGUCAAGGAGCGAACAUAAGCAUAGGCUACCUCGGGCCCACCCAAGACUCAUCGGUAGCCUCCCUCCGCCAGGAAAUCGAGUCAGCGCCCAUCUCCGGCCACCUGCUCGCAAUCCCGGGAGACAUUUCCGACGCGGAGACCAGCAAGAAGCUAAUCAGGUGCACGGUCGAGGAGUUCGGCAGACUCGAUGCCUUCGUCUCGAACGCUGGCGUCUGCCAAUUCCACGACUUUCUCACCAUGCCGAAGGAACUCUACGACAGGACGGUAGCGGUGAACCUCAACGGUGCCUUCUACGCCGUUCAGGCCGCCGCGAAUCAAAUGGUCUUGCAGGGCACCGGCGGGAGCAUAAUCGCCAUAUCCUCCAUCAGCGCGCUGGUGGGAGGAGCCGGUCAGACGCACUAUACCCCGACGAAAGCUGGUGUCCUGUCACUGAUGCAGAGCUGCGCUGCGGCGCUGGGAAAGCACGGGAUUCGCUGUAAUGCGAUUUUACCGGGGACCAUCGAGACCGCGUUGAACGAGGAGGAUUUGGCGGAUAAGGGGAAAAGGGAGUACAUGGAGGGGCGGAUUCCGCUGGGGAGGACGGGGGUGCCGGAGGAUAUUGCGGGUCCCGCAGUCUUCUUGGCGAGUGAUUUGUCGAGAUACAUGGUUUGCCCUAUUCUCUCUGUCAGACGGUACCUUUAGGGGAUUGGGCUAAUGAUGGGGAUGGGUAGACUGGUGCGCAGUUGCUUGUUGGUGGGUUUAUGGUCCCUGUGUGAUCCGAUCUCAGUGAAGCUAAUUGCGUCCAGAUGGGGGGCUAUUCGUUAAUUUACAGUAGGUUCAGUUCUAAGGAUCGGAAUUCACGGUUUACUGCUCAAACACCGUCUAUUACACCUUUCUUUUCUUGAUUCUUAGAAUGCCGAUUCCCGUUCUGGAGAUAUCAGGGCCUACACAAACUUCAUUGCAAUAAAUUUUUAAACGGGAAAACUCCGGAAGACUCCUGUAAACCUUGACCUUCCCCAGACCGCAUGUUUAGCAUAAUACAUCAAUAUUAGCGCGGGUAUAGGGUACGGGGAGCGGGGGAGGUAGAGUGAGGAGAUGACAGACGGCAAGGAUUUGAGAUGGAGUUGCAGACUUCAUCGUGUUGCGGUUCGGCGGGAUGAGCUGUGACGGGAUCAGGAAUUAGUAUCUAUAAAUUGUCAUUAGAGCCGUGUCACCUAAAGGUCAGAGAGGUGGGAUGUAUUACCGUACUCUCCCGCAGGGCAAAGAGCUAAAGCUGCCGAACUGUCUCAUUGUAUCCGAUAAACUUGAUUCCAUAUAUUAUAAAAGUUUAACUGCAAACUGCCCAAGACGAUUGCAGUCUCUGUCUUGC